GGCAUCAUCAUUUGUCUGUGCAAUGAAGUUGAAACACCAGUUGGUUUUAAACAGUAAAACUCUAGCCAGUGCCUGGGUUUUGGUUUGAAUGGGCAAAUCUUCUUGAUUGAUUCAUCCUAAAAAAUGGGUUCAAUUAAAACAUUCUCUGCUUACCCUCCAUCAUCACAAUUUCAGAAUUUGAAAUUGUCAAAAGAUUGCUUCUUCUUCAAUCCACUAAAACCCCCACUAUGUUCCUUCAAUCCACUCAACAUCCACAACAGGCACAGACUACGCAUAUCCUCAAAACACUCUUGUAUGUCACCCUUUCCUCAAAUACUCACUUCUAGUCUCUCCAAGACAAACUACAAAUUCACCAAUUUUUUGUCCGAGAAGGUUUUGGUUUCCCUUGUUGGGGCAUUCAUUUUUAUUGGUUCUUUUGGUUUAAAUACUAGGCAAAGUUUGGCGCUUCCUGCUCAAACAACUGGUCCUAGUGUGAAUUUAGAGGAAAAGAGAGAUGCCCAUAUGGAGAAAAGUGAGGAUGAGGAGAUGUUUGAGAAGGUUUUGGAGAUGGAGCCAAGGAAUGUGGAGGCAUUGAAGGUCGUUGUGCAUGGGAAAAUGAGGAGAGGACAGACUAAAGAGGCUGUGAAGUAUGUCGAGAGGUUGAUUGAUAUUGAGCCUGAGCAAGUUGAAUGGAGGCUUUUGGAGGCACUUUGUUAUGAGAUGAUGGGUCAGUUGAGUAAGGCUAAAACGUUGUUCAAGGAAAUCUUGAUAGAGAGACCUCUUUUGCUUAGAGCUUUGCACGGUCUGGCAUUGGUGAUGCACAAAAGUCUUGAAGGUCCAGCUGUCUUUGAGAUGCUGAAUAAAGCUCUGGAAGUUGCCCGUCGUGAAAAAAGAGUCACUGAGGAGAGAAACAUUAGAAUUCUAAUUGCACAAAUGCUUGUUGUCAAGGGGGAAUUGGAGGAAGCUUUGAAGAAAUUUCAAGGUCUGGUUAGUGACAACCCACGAGAUUUUCGGCCUUAUCUUUGCCAGGGAAUAAUAUACAGUCUGUUGGGUAGAAAAGAAGCAGCUGCGGAACAUUUUGAAACGUAUCAGAGCCUUGUGCCAGAUGAAUUUCCACAAAGGAUGUUUCUUGAUGAUGUUGUAUUGGAAGCGAAAACCAAGUCCCGGGAAUGGUUUCAGGAGGAGUGUCAAGCUGAAUCCUCAUACAAGAAAUAAAGCACCAGCUCAGCUUUGAGUGUAUUGUACUGUGAUAAAAUACUCUUAGAAAAUUUAAGCUAGAAAGUAAAUUUUGACAGCAAUAUAUAGAGUAGUUACAGUCCAAUGAUCAACUUAAGUGCUGCAACUUGGGAAGGCAAUGGAUCAUGCGGAUACUGCAUUUGUCUAGGAGUCGAAUAACUAGUUCACCAUUUGGAUAAAAUUAGUGGUUGUUCCACUUGCAGUGUUUGUGUUUUUGCAGUUUUACUGCUAGAAGGAAUUCCCUGGCUCCAUUUUUGUUGUCAUACUGAACUAAACAAUUGUUAUAACUUAUCUAUAAUGCUUAUGAUUUGCAUGACAUGCAGUCAUGGUGAGACA